AUGCCUCACAGACCGCCAACAAAAGAAGAACUUGAGGCUCGGAAGAUUGUCGGCAUCAACGAGGAGACCGUCACCAAUGUCAACUCGACCGACUUCCCGCACCACUACGCCGGCGAGGACCACGCCUGGGACCUGGAGGCGUUCCGCCGCGAGUUUCGCGUCGAGUUCCACCAGAACGACCCCUACGAGGCCUCCUUCUCCCUGAUCGGCUGCCACGCCUCCAUCGCAAACGCUUUCCGCCGUAUCAUGAUCGCCGACAUUCCCACUCUCGCCAUUGAGACCGUCUUCAUCAACAACAACACCUCCGUCAUCCAAGACGAAGUUUUAGCGCACCGUCUGGGCCUGAUCCCCUUUAAAGGCGGCAAGGAAGGCCUGCACAAGUUCCUCAAGUGGUGGAAGAAGCCCGCGGACGAGUCGCAGAUCAACAACAGCUACUACGAUUUUAACACAGUCUCCCUCCGCCUGGAAGUCAAGUGCGAGGAGAACCCGGACGCGGCACCGGGCGAGACGGACCCGACCAAGCUGUACAAGCACGCGCACGUCUACGCCCGCGACAUCGAGUUCUGCCCCGUCGGCCGACAGCACAAGUACUUUUCCGGCGAGAACGCCAUAAGGCCCGUCAAUCCAGACAUCCUGAUCGCGAAGCUGCGUCCGGGGCAGGAAAUUUCUUUGUCCAUGCACAUGCACAAGGGCGUGGGGUCCGACCACGCCAAGUUCUCGCCCGUGGCGACCGCUUCCUACCGCUUGCUCCCCGUCAUCGACAUUAUCGAGCCGAUCCUGGGCAAGGACGCGGAGAAAUUCCAAAAGUGCUUCCCCAAGGGCGUGAUCGGGCUGGAGCGGGUGACGAAGGAGGAGGCCUCGCGCAAGGGAAGCGGGUAUGAGGGCCACGAGGGCGAGCUCAAGGCUGUGGUGGUCGAUCCCAUGCGCGACACCGUCAGCCGCGAGUGCCUGCGCCAUCCGGAGUUCAAGGGUAAGGUCAAGCUGGGCCGCCGUAGGGACCACUUUAUUUUUCUGGUCGAGAGCACAGGCCAGUGGGAGAGCGAUGCCAUUUUCCUUGAGGCAGUCGCUCAUUUAAAGAAGCGCGCGAAGGAUAUUGAGAAGCAGGUUAUGAAUAUGGUUCGGUAG